UUGUCGAUUGACAGGGCGUUACGCGGUUUUGCAAGAUGGAGUCCAGUGAAUGAGCUGAACAGAAAUUUUGUGAAAUAUGGUGCGAACACGACAUCACCCUGGAGAGUACAAGGAUAACGGGGACUCUCCGGUUGACUUUUUGUGUUUGGAAAGCAAACCCGGUCGAAGAACACAAAAAACAUCGAGAGAUGACUACAACAGUGAUGACAGUGGUGUCGUUCACAACUCCCGCAGUAGUGGAAGAGGAAAGCAGACCUCAGAUCAUGAUCGCUCGUCCUUCCAGUCCAGGCUCAGGCCAAAGAUACGAUCAAGUGGGGCAUACUUCAUUGGGGAAGGCAUGUCAAGUGAUGAAGAAGAUUCCCCAUCUCGAGGUCGACGAGGUGGACGUGCCAGUAAGCCAAGGAGGAAACGAAAUUCCAGUGGUGGUCGUAGAGACAGCAAAGCAAGCCCUGACAACUCUCCAGUAAUAGUAGAGGCACAUGAUGGUGAUGAGGAUGAACCUUGCUAUGAUCAUGAUGAUGAUGAUGAUGAUGGUGGGCGGCGGCGACGUAGCACUCGGCAGAAGAAGAUGACAUUUGAUACACUGAACCAGAAUUUCUUGGAUAAGGCCGUUGUUAGCGCAAAAGAUAAGGAUGAUGACGAUGAUGGGAGGGGGAAAAGGAGGAGGAAAGCAAAUUUUAUGAAACCAUCGGAAAAGGAUGAGUAUUCUGACAUGUACAGCCGGGUCAAGAGGCAGCGGAAACAUGUGGAGCGUGACAUGUACGGCGUCCCAAUACAGGGCUCUGACUCGGAGUCAGGAGACACCAAUGAUGAACAGGAAGGAGACGGGACUCCGGUACAGCCACAGAAGAGAUCGUACUUCCUGCGGGAACACAAGCCUCGUACACAGCUGUUUGAGGCGCCACCUAUAGAGAGUCAAAAAAAGAAACAGCAGUCAAUGUUCCGAGAAACCCCACCGAGGUCAACGAGAAAGACUUGACAGCCACCAACAUAUCAAUCUCCAGCACACAGGAAGAAAAUUGUCAGGAAACGACAAGCAUUCCAUGUUUCUAGUUCAACUUCUUCAUCAGAGAGCAUAUCCAGUGAUGAGGAGAGAUUUCAGAGACGUAAAGCCAAGAGCAUGGCUCGCUCAAGGAACAGGUGUCUGCCUAUGAACUUGAAUCCUGAAGAUCUACAAUCUGGAGUUGUCAAGGAGAGGUCAAAGAUUGGAGCAAGUUUGGCUGAUGUAGACCCAAUGAAUAUAGAUAGAUCAGUGACCUUUGAAAGUAUAGGUGGCUUGGGCAAGCAUAUACGUGCCCUAAAAGAAAUGAUUGUGUUCCCUAUUAUGUAUCCUGAGAUCUUUGAGAGGUUCAAGAUUGCCCCACCAAGAGGAGUACUUUUUCAUGGGCCUCCAGGAACUGGAAAGACCUUGAUUGCAAGAGCUCUUGCUAAUGAAUGUAGCUCCUCUGACAGAAGAGUGGCUUUCUUCAUGAGGAAAGGCGCUGACUGCCUCAGUAAAUGGGUCGGAGAAUCAGAAAGACAGCUUCGCCUGCUGUUUGAUCAGGCUUACCAGAUGCGUCCUUCCAUAAUUUUCUUUGAUGAGAUUGAUGGCCUUGCCCCUGUACGCUCAAGUCGUCAGGACCAGAUUCACAGUUCCAUUGUAUCAACCCUGCUUGCUCUCAUGGAUGGUCUUGACAGUAGAGGAGAAAUAGUUGUCAUUGGUGCUACCAACAGGAUCGACUCUAUCGACCCAGCACUGCGGAGACCUGGCAGAUUUGACCGAGAGUUCCUCUUCCCUUUGCCCUCUCAUUCAGCAAGGAAACAGAUACUGAAGAUUCACACAAAAGCAUGGAGUCCCAAGUUGGCUGACGGCUUUGUCACGGAACUAGCCCAGAGAUGUGUGGGCUACUGUGGUGCUGACCUGAAGGCCCUGUGUACAGAGGCAGCAUUGCAUGCCUCCCGGCGACGCUAUCCACAGAUUUACACCAGCAAUGAAAAGCUUCAACUCAACGUCUCUUCUAUACAUGUCUCGGCAAAGGAUUUCUUCAAAGGAAUGCAGGCUAUAGUACCAACUGCACAACGAUCUGUCUCAUCACCAUCUCGAUCUUUGACUUUCGCUGUGGAGCCACUGUUAAAACGCCAGUUCCAGAAAGCACUAAGCUUACUGCAGGAUGUGUUUCCAAGUGUGCUGUCUUCUCUUGCUUUUCUAGACAUCCCAGCUACCAAUUCCCAGGCUGAGAACCAAAAAGGGGAGGUAACCCUGGAUGAGUUAGCCAGUGAUGAUGAUGAAGAGAUGCCAUCAAUCUAUGAAAAAUGUCGUAAUCGAAAGCGAUCAAGUCUGGAAGCUCCUAUCCCUGAUCAUGCUCCAGCUUAUCUCAACUUUGGCAGACAAUCCUACCAGGUUCCAACAACAUAUCGGCCACGACUGUUACUGUGUGGAAGUCGUGGGCAGGGACAGACAUCUCAUCUUGGACCAGCUAUUCUCCAUCACUUAGAACAGCUGCCGGUGCAAGUGCUGGACCUACCCACAGUGUAUGCAGCUUCUGCCAAGACACCAGAAGAAUCAUGUGCACAGGUAUUUCGUGAAGCGCGGAGGUGUUCCCCCAGCAUUGUGUACAUGCCAUAUGUUGACCAGUGGUGGGAGGUGCUCAACGACACGCUGCGGGCAACAUUCCUCACCAUGAUCCAGGAUCUGGACCCCACCACACCCAUCCUUAUCCUGGCCACCAGUGAGGUUCCGUACCCACAGAUAGACAGCCUGCUUCAGCUUUUGUUUGACUCUCACGGUGGAGAGGUCCUGGAGAUGCGAGACCCCAAGGCAGAUGAACGAAGAGAGUACUUCAAGGAUCUUCUUCUCAAUCAAGCAAUCAGACCUCCACCUCUCAAGAAGCAAGCAGGCAAUGAAACUCUGCGAAAGUUGCAUCUUAAGCUCAGAGCAAAGUCACCAUUGUUGAAACCUUCUGAGGUUGAGGACGCUCUACGAAUGUUGGAGGUCCUACCCAAGGCUCCUCCUCCUGAGCCAGCCAAACUGACGGAAGCUGAGUCGAAGAAACUCAAGCAACAGGAGGAGGCCACGUUCCGGGAGCUGCGUAUCUUCCUGCGUGAUGUCCUCAACAAACUGGGCCGAGAUAGAAAGUUCUCCAUAUUUACCAAGCCAGUGGAUGUGGAAGAUGUUCCAGACUACUAUGAAAUCAUUCAGCAUCCGAUGGACCUUUCAACAAUGAUGUCCAAGAUUGAUCGGCAUGAGUAUCAGACAGUUGCUGAUUUCCUUGGUGACAUCAACCAGAUCAGUCUGAAUGCUCUUGAGUACAACCCAGACAGAGACCCCUCAGAUAAAGCAAUUCGCCACAGAGCGUAUGCCUUGAGAGACACAGCCCAGGCAAUCAUUGAAGCUGAACUUGAUCCUGAGUUUGAAAAAGUCUGUCACAGUAUAGCUCAGAGUCGAAAGAGAAGAGGUGUAGUGAAAGAAGCCUUUACACCAGCCUUCUACUUUACCAGACCUUUACACAAGCAAGGCGAUCAGCAACAACAGCAGCAGCAACCUCCAUCUGCCAGCCAGGACCCAGCAGCUCCUGGUGUACGGCACAGUCGCAGGGUGAAGGGCUUGGUUGCUGAACAUCUACCUGCCCUAGAAAUGGUGGAAAAACAGUGGCAGGAAGUGAAACGUGUGGGCAGGACUUCCCAGAAGGACUCUCCAUCCCCCUCAUCUCCCAAAUAUAAAAAGAACAGUCCCAGUUCAAGGCAGCAUCAAGAUACACACAAUAGUGCAGCACCAAAUUCAGCCUCAAAGACUCCAUAUUCAGGGAAAAAGGCAAAGCCUAAAAAGAAAUGUAUUUGGGCAGUAACCAAGCGACGGAAAAAGCGAGGUGCUGCAGCAAAGAAACAGAAUAGUUCUAAUGUGACUACUGAUGCUUCAGGUCUUUAUGUGGACAAUGAGGAAGAGGUCAGUGAUGAUUCUGACAGUGAGAUUAUCAUUGCUGAGAGCCCUUGUAGGAGAGAAAAUGACUCUGGGUCUAAACUGUGCCAACCAACCUCCUCAGGGAAAGAAACACCUGCAUCUAAUUUUAUGACAUGCAAAAAAUCUCCUACCUCAAGAUGUCUCGAACUGAUGCCUGGUCAUGACAGUGGAGUUGGCAGCUCUGUUGAUUCAAAUGGAGACUCGGUAGACAGUGUUGAUCAUGCUAAGGAAAAAGAUGGAAAGCUGUUAGAACAUUCCUCAGGGGCAACAGACAUGGUCAGAAAUGAUGACGAUGAAUCUCAGGAUCAAGAAUCGCAGAGGAAGUUCCGCUCAACAAAAUCGCGCCUUCAGACACAGCAGCAACAGCGAGCACUGGAACUCCUGGAGGAAAGUUUACCACCGCUCGUCUUUGACCUACCUCGCCUACAACGAUUACUUGAUAAAGUAGUAAUUGUUACUGACAAUUACUGUCUUGAACGACUGGAGAAGCUGUACAGUGUCUUCAGUCAGUGCAUCUACAGACACAGGAAAGAUUAUGACAAGACUGAGCUUUCUGAGGAACUUGAGAGCAAGUUGGACUACCACUCCAAGCAAUGGCCCUCAAGUGUGUAAACAUCAGAGCUCGAACCUGUGUGUGUGUACGUGUGUGUGUGUGCGUGCAUGCAUAUAUGUAUGUUUGUAUGCUUGUAUGCAAGGUUGUGUAAAUGGGAUUACAAGUGUGCAUGUCAGUGGUAUGUUUGUUUUGUGCUCAAAUAUGCAAGUGCCUCAAACCCAGGUAAAAAUCAGGUCAACUUUACAAAGUCGAGAAUACUUUCAGGAGAGGUUUAUACACAUUUCAAUUCCAUACUGACUUUUGUAUGAAUGCAGCUCAACCGUGCCAAUACCAACGACCAUUUGAAGUAUAAAUACCUCAUAUCAGGUCAAGGACAUAAUAAGUGCAGCAUAAUCAUCGUUCAUCUGCAUGAUGUGGACCAACCAUACUCCCUCGGCGGCCUCGUCUCCACCAACAUCUCGGAGUGACUUACUACCUGUUUGUAUCAUAGCAUCAUAUUUAUUAGGUCCUAUUUAUUGUGUACAGUGUCACUAGGCUAUCAUGUGUAUUGCCAAUUCUCUCUAGGGCCAAACAUUUAGGCACCAAUGUUUUAAUCUGAUUAUUGAUGUUUUUACUAGACUGAUUUAAAAUGACGAGAAAAAAAUACCUUGAAUCAUGUAUUGGUUAAUGUAUGAGGUUUUAGUGAUGGAUAUGUAUGUAUAUGAUAUUAUAAUGAAACAUGCUGAUUUCAUGGGAAAACAGUGAAGAAUAUGAAAACUUUGUUUUAAGGCAUUUAUUUGAAACAUACCCUUGUCAGUAUUAGAUUUGUGCUGAUUCAUUCUGUUAAGAAUUAGAAUUUAAUAGUUUCUAGAGAAGAAGUACCAUUGUGAAAGGUUACUGACAUUGCUGUAUUUGCUCUUUAGAUUUUUAGAUCUGGGUUAACUGAGAGCCACAUUGUUGCAGUGUGAGUUAACUAGGAUGUCAUCAUUGGCACAUGGGGCUAAACAGCGCUGAGAUUACUUUGUGCAACCCUGUUUGGUUGUGUCCAGCAAUUCUCUGUUUGCUGUCUCCUUUCAAUGUCAUCGGAAAACAUGCUUCAGUUGAUGAAACCCCAAACUGCUGUGUACAGGAUUUUUUACUUUAAUAUUUCUCAGGCUUAAAAGGUAAAUUUAUAUUUAUUUUGGCUGUUUACAUUAUUUAUUGUAGACGUUAUAUAAUGAUUAUCUUAUGCUACUGAAUAUUGUGAUCUCAUCUCUGUUUCCAUGUAAGUCUUUGUCACUUGUAAAUCUGAUUGCACGUGUGUAGUAUGCUAUGAAAGAUAUGCUUUCAGUUGUUGAUACAUGUGUAGAAAGUUGUUAACAAGUUAAACAUUGUCACCAAAAUUGCAUAUAGGGGAAAAUGUUUUUAUGAAUCAGAAGUUUGGGAGUUUAGUUUAAUAAUGGUUGGGUUUUUUUCAAAUCAUGAUUGAUUGCAAUUGAUGAAUAUGUCAAAACAUGGCAUCUGUAUUUUUGGCAUAUUUAUGUUUUGUUGUCACUAUGAAGAAUGAAGUUCCACUGUUUCGUCCUUAAAAUGCUUAGAAGGACAUAAUGGUGAAGAUAUAAACAUAUAUGUAGGUUAUUAAGACAAUCACUCCCCAUAUUUUCUAAUGUCUAUUUUUGAACUGUGGAAUGUUUUUUGAUGUAUAUAUUGAUAUAUUUAACAUAUUGAUCAAACUAUCCUAUACUGGCCUGAAAUUAGUUGGUAUUACUUUGAUAUGAGAGUUAGCAGUUUUCUGCAGUUUAGUGAAAUGAUCAAAGGUGAAAGAUUUCUGAAAGGUUUGUUUCAGUAUCACUUUAGGUAAUCCAGUUAAACCAUGUGAGUACUUAUCAUUUUGUGAAGUUCCAUUCCAUAGUUUUGAGUGGGUAAUUGAAAGAAUUGAUCAGCCUCUAGUUUAGAGAUUUCCUGAUAGAAACAACUGCAAAUAUGACAUUAAGUAAUUCAGGAAUAUAAUUUUAACAAAUGUACGACCAAUGUUAAUGUAUGCUACUCCAAAAUAGUUAAUGAAAAGCCGCACCUUUCAUAUUACUGUGUUUACUAUACAUCGAGUACGGCAUGACAGUGGGACAUAGUAAUGUGAAAGAAUCACAUGUUCUUCAACAUUAUUCUGAGUAGUGUACUUGACUUUUCCUCUCUGUCUGCACGUUGAAGUGGGGUGCAAGAACAACUGAUGGUUGAACCCAACACUGGUCCAUCGCACUUGCUGUCUUAUGUAUGUUCUGAAGUGACUUCAUCUCAGGAUCUCCAGAUGGCAGGAAACUGAUUCGACAUUCCAUGUAGUUGAGUGAGUCUGCCCCACUUCAAAUGUACAGAUCUUAGACAAUGUUGUAUGUCUACAUCGGUUACGAGUAGCUUCUGCAUAUGUGUAAACAAAGGAAGUGGUCUUUAAAAGUUUCUGUUGGGUAUGAUCUAACUGUUUUUGCAAUGUCUAGUCCAUGUCCGUUUAACACGUCAUCAUUCUCAAGUAACUGGUUUUCAUUUUCACAUGUUAAUCGUUAACACAAUGCAAAUUCCAUGAAACUCAGCUACUUGUUUCAACACUGCCAGACUUUUCUAUUGAUAUUUCAUUACUGAAUACAUGCAUUGACUUAUGUUUAUAUAUGAAGUCGAGUGAUGCCAAGGGACCUUGGAUUAGAUCAGUUACAGAAACUGACCCUCAUAGAACAUGAAUGUUUUCCUGACAUUAACUGUUCUUCACUAUGCCAAGUGUUAAUUGUGUAAAUCAAUGUAGCAUUUGAAGUUGGGGGUUAAGUAGUGAAAGCAGUAAAUCAAAUGUAUGUUUUUCGACAGGUUUUAUUCUUUUUACUUACACUCUUGUGUGACUUAUUUGUAGAGGUGACAUUUCGGCCUAUUUUAUUUUCGCAUGUAUGUUAUGUCAGUACUGAAAAACGAAUUGGAAGAUACAUGUAACAAUUUUUCUGUCAGAGAAACAUAGCACUAGAUUGAGUUUCUUGUUUUAAUCCUUAAAUAACCAGUUAUUUUGUCCAGUAUUGGUUUGUAUGUAAUGUAAGGUGAUGUUUGUUUAGGACAUCUGUGUAAUAUGUAGGUGUGAGACACAGUGCUACCAUCAGCCGAUUGAAGUGUAGGUGCUAUGAGAUUGACAUGCUUGAUACUUGGACAAGGGUCAACUGCUUGGUUUACUGGGUGCUCUUGCAUCAAACGUGCUGAAAAUGUAGAUGAGGAAAAAUUGGAUGAUGACUGCUAGUUUGUGUUUUUCAGUGAGUGAACAUUCAUUUGGAGUGAGCCAGAUGUCACUAUAGGGACAUGGCAACAGCAAACAUCUCAAGACCGAGAUCAGCGUCUUGCAUUUGGCAGCCUGCAGUAACAAAAUGGCUCCUACUUUUCUCAGGCAAUAACAUUGUAACAUCUGUGUGUUGAUGUAAAGGUACAUGGCAAACUAACAUGUGAUAUUUGUCAUAGGGCUUUAUUGGACUGGUCAUAUUCAUGUUGACAACAGAGCUUGUAUGAAAUCAACUGCCAGCAUCAUCUCAUGGUUGUUUGUCUUCCACGCCAUGCACACAUCACUCUGUAUAGGGCAAAUACUCAUGGACACAACUCCUCCAGUCAUGAAACCCGAUGGGCCCCGAUCUCUUCCUGCCCCAUUAUCCACUGUAAGUCACACAGCCAUGUCAACAACAGUGCUGACCUUUCAGUGAAAACACUUGCAUGCUAUGCAAAUGUUUUCAUUUAUUUUAGAGUAAGAACAUUUUCAUAUGUUCAAUAUAUUUAUUGUUGCAUUUUGUACAUACUUGUAUUUGUAUAUUAAACUAUUUUACCAACCAGUAA